GUGACACUGACGGCGAUGUGGACGCUCGCAGGCCCUUUCGACUGCGACGAGCGCGACAUUCCCACCUACACAAAACGGAAACUCCUCAAGAGCGGUGUCAAGUACGUCGUCGGCCGCAAAGAGCUCGACGAUGCCGCGACCUUCGUCAUCAAGCAGAAGAAGAUCUCUCGCCACCACUUCGUCCUCAAUGUUAUAGAUGAACCCAACGCAGAUUCGACCAACCCGAACUACCGACCAAAGCUGACUAUCGUGAACCCGUCCGCGGAGGGUAAGAGGAACGUCGCACGCAGGAUGGACAAGGCGAGCGGUGCUCCCCCUGCAACCCUCAACCCGGACGAGAUCGUAGACGUCGACGAUGGCGAUGUCGUACACGUUAUAUUGAACAUCCGCAUGUCUGCGCAUUGGGUGCCAGUGGCCUGCCUCGCCCCUCCUACUCGGGGCAUCCCACCUCCCGAUCCUUCGACCUACACCUCACUAGGCAUCUGCGUCCGGCCAACAUCCCACCCCGACGUCACCCACCACCUCUCGUCCACCAUAAACCUCUCGCCCGAGCUAGCCCUCUCCCUGCUCUCCCUCACCAACAUUGUCACCCCUGAGUGGCUGGCCGACCUCCUCAAAGCCGGUCGCGCACAGAAGCCGGGCGCGUUCUGCGCGCUCGAGGAGACCUUCCUUCUCCCUCUCGCGGAAAAGUACCGCCCUGUGUUCUCGCAGACCCUCCCGCCCGCGCUCAAGACGUCCAGCAAGUGGGCCCCGAAUGAAGCGCGCGUCGGCAUGUUCAGGGGCUGCCGCUUCAUUUUCGUCGGCGAGAAGGGGCGGGAGGUACAGGAGGCGAUGCGCGAGCUAGUGAAGCGCGGGGAGGGUGAGUAUGAGUGCUUCGCGGUAGAGGCAGGUAGGGCGGGGUUGAGGAAGGUGCUCGCGAAAGGCAGGGCCAAGGGGAGGAUAUUAGUGUUGGUUGGAGAGGAGGACGCGCUUGUGCCUGCUGUCGGCAAGGACGGGUGGCAGGAACUAGUGGACGAGGCGAACAGCUUCGAGAUCAACUUCACCAGCCGCGAGAGGAUUCUCCAAGCCGUCGUCGACGUUGAUACAUCUCUACUCAAUCCCGACACCAUACCCAAUGAAGGUGGAUCGCCACAAGCGAAUCUCUCCCCACUCCCAGAUGUGGUACCGAAUACACACCCAGACGAACCGUCUAUACCUCCCCCGACCAACGAGCGUGUGGUGCAGUCCCAGGAGCCCCAGCCGACGCGGAGCAGACUGCGCCGGCGGGUGGGCUCGCGCGCAUCGUCUCGCGUGCCGUCGCCUCCGCCCGCUGCCCCUGCCCAGCCGGCGCCUGCGGAAGAGGCGCCAUCGACAGAGCAGCCAAAGCGCAAGGGCUUGAUUCGCAGAGCGGGUCGCUCGCGAGCGGCCGCUAUUGACGAUUCCUCUAUGAAUCUCGACAGCGAUGGGACGCCCGCUCCCUCCUCGCAGGUCGCGCAGCCCCCGCCUGAGCCUGCGCGUGCCCCUAGUGUCGGUCCGGAACCCACGCCGGCACGCAGCCGCCUGAAGCGCCGCGCAGGCACGCACGCUGCCACGUCGGACAUCAUAGACCUGACGGCGGACGCUCCCGCGCCCGAGCCGCCGCUGAAGAAAUUCCGCGCACUCUUCGAGCAGAGCGACCCCGACCGCGUCACGCAGUCCGGCAGCCUCCAGACGCAGCUGGACAGUGUGACGGAGAGCGAGUCCAUGCUGACGCAGGUGGCCGGAGGGGCGACGCGGCUUGCGGCUGUGGCGGAAGAGGAGGAGGAGAGUGCGCGUGGGGUCACGCAGGGCGCGGGUCCGAGUGCGGGGACACAGGCCCAGAGCCAAGGCGUGAAGAGGAAGGGCAGGGCAGGGGACGAGGACGUGGAGAUAGAGGAUGAAGCUGCGCCAGCGAGCAAGCGGCGUGCAGUCGAGGGUGCGGACGCGGUGCAGCCGUCACAGACGCAAGCUGCUGCCAAGCCCCCGUCGCGCGCCGCGUCCAAGCCUCCGUCCAAGCCCAAUCAGACCCAGAAGACCGAGAAAGCGUCGGGGGCGGCCCCGGGGAAGCCGGACAUAGAUGAGGCAUUCCUCAAAGCGGUCGCCUCGACGAAGAAGGGCAAGCGCGCGGAGGACACGUUCGACCGCGAGUUCAAUAACCUGCGGAUCUCGAAGCCGGAGCUGGAGCAGGCGCAGGAGCGCGACGCGUGGGCCGUGCUGGACGAAUUCGGGGAUGAUGGGGAUCUGCGGGGCAACUUCAUGGUUAUCGUGGAGAUGGAGGUGCACGAGAAGCCGCAAAGGCCGGCUUUGGUGAGAGGCGACGAAGAGAGGGCAGACUGGGCGGGUAGAGUGGAUUUCAAGAAGUUCAAGAAGAAAUCGAUUGCAGGGAGGAAACCGGCUGUCGAGGUCUAUGCCGAUGACGAGAACGAUUACGACAUAAGCUCGCAACUGUGGAAGGGCUCUCAAGCACGUUCCCAGUUGGCGUCUCAAUCGCAGUCGCAAUCACAGGAGACCCAUAAGCCAGAGUCGACACAGAAUCGGAGGCAGAAGACGCAAACGCAGACGCAAAAGACUCAGAGCGGCAAGGCGAAGGCGAAAGCAAUCGUUCUCGACGACUCCGACGAGGAUGCUAUGCCACCGCCUCCGACCCAGCCCGCCAAGUCUCAAAGGAAAGCCCCAAGCCGUGCCGGCUCCGCUCUACCUCGAGCAAAGACGCAUAAGACCCAGCCACUGUUUAUCGAAUCCGACGAAGAGGAGGCGGGGCCAAUGUCACAGACUAUGGCGGACGAUGACGACUUUGACGCGAUCAAGGACGCCGAUGAAUUGGACAUGGACGAUGAUGUGUCUACGCUGCGUUCAAGCGGGCGAGGGACGCAGAGCCGUGUUACCCGCGGAACGAAGAAGGGUGGCGCAUCGAAGGCUACGGCACCUGUGAUAUUGGACGAUGAUUCCGAUGAUGAGGCUGCAUAUGUGGGCUUUGCAUCGCGGAAGAAUACACGAAGGAGAUAGGUGUUAACGGCUGCUCGUUUGGGUGCGCAAAUGAACCAUGCCGGUGCAUUGAAGGCAUGCAGCGCUGGGGGACGAAGGCUCAGGCCCAGGGCGAAUGUAAUAAACCAUCGUAAUGCUGGCUGUGACAACUUGGAAGGUUCAAUGUAGAGUCGAUGCAGCGUAGAUGGCAUUUGCGUAGCCUCGAUAUAGUACACUAGGCCACUCAUAGAUCUAGCUUUGUCUUUGCCAAGUUUCGCUAUCCACGUGUACUGACACCAUGUCCACAAGUA